AAUAGCCUCUCCUUGCCCCAGGUUCUCUUCUUUUCGCUAUCGUUGAAACGAACCGUUCAGUCACUAUGGCAAAGGUUUCAAGCAAGAAGACUUCGGUCAAGAAGACCGAGUCUUCCAAGACUACCAAGUCCAUUCCCCCUCAGCUGAUCGCCUCAGUUGCGGCUUUCCUGUCGGACAAUUUCCCUGAGACCAGCACCGCCUUCACCAAGGAAGCGGCAAAGUCGAGCAAGAAGAGCGAUGCGAAAAAUGUUCCCUCUCUCUUGGAACUUUUCCAAGCCUCCGAGCAGGGAUCCAGCGUUAAGAAGUCUGCUAGCUCCAGUUCUUCUUCUAGCUCAAGCAGCGACUCCGAUAGCGACUCGGAUGUUGAGAUGGGCGACGCCGCUCGCUCGUCGUCGUCCUCUUCGUCUUCCUCUUCCAGCUCCGACAGCGAUGCAGAUGACGAGGAUGAUGAUGAGACUCCUGCGGCUCCGGCCCCCGCCCCCGCUAAGAAGUCUGCUGGUGUGAAGCGCAAGGCCGAGUCCAGCAGCGAGUCCAGCAGCUCUUCCGACUCUGACUCGUCCUCUUCGUCCGAAGAUGAUAGCCCUAAGGCUAAGAAGGCCAAGACCUCUCCCACCCCUAAGGAGGCAUCUUCCUCUUCGUCCUCAUCCGACUCUUCGUCUUCUUCGGACUCGUCCAGCUCUGACUCCGAUUCAUCGUCGAGCUCCUCUUCGUCUUCCUCGUCUGACUCUUCAUCUGAUUCCUCCUCCGAUUCCUCGUCUGACUCCUCUUCCGACUCCUCUUCUGACUCUUCCUCCGACUCCGACUCUUCUUCCGAGUCCGAGUCCGAGAAAGAAUCUAAGAAGGCCCUGAAGAAGGCAAAGAAGACUCCUCUCCCCGAGUCCGACUCCUCUUCUGACUCCGAAUCUUCCUCAUCCGGCAGCAACACCGUCGCCCCUUCCCCAGCCGAGAUCAAGCCCGUCAAGAAGGUUGAGGAGGUUGCGCAGACCACCUCUUCGAGCGCUAGCCCCGCUCCCGGAAACGGACCUGUUAAGAAGAAGCACACCGGAGCUCGCCCCACCCCUCUGGCUCUUCUGAGCGAAUUGCCCCACAACCACCCCUCUAACGACUACAUGUCGUACGCCUACGCAGACCGUGCCUGGAAGGAUCUGUCCGUGACUCGCGGAAAGGGAUUCACCAAGGAAAAGAACAAGAAGAAGCGUGGCUCUUACCGCGGCGGUCCCAUCGACAUCGCCCCCGGCACCACCUCUUACAAGUUCGAGGACUAA